CGUUUGAUGGGCUGCCACCCUCAUGUGGUCUCGCACGCCAUGGCUGCUGCUUCUGGCUUUGAGGCCACAGGCCGCCGAGGUGGAGAACUUCGACUUCUCCCAGGUGAGCUUCGCGCAGCCCGUGGUGGAGGAUGACUUCGAGGACGCCUUCUACGAGGCGGUGGCUUCUGCUCAGGAGGCGGAGUCCUGCUGUGGCCUGGGGGACGAGGCUCUGAGGGCCUGUGCCAACAGAACCGCGCCCAUCAGCGCCAAGCUGCAGCUCCUGGUGGUGUCCCACGCUCCCGCAAGCGCGGCCGCGGCCUUCGCCGCCUCCACGGCGGCCCUGAACGCCAUGUGGUGCGCGGAGCGAGGACACGCCUUCGUGCUGGACGAGCGCGAGACGGUUUGGAUGGUCAGCAGGAUCCAGGUCAUCCCUCACUGGUUGCGGCGCUGCAGACAGGAGGCGAUCGAAUGGAUGCUGUGGAUUGACUCGGACGCCUUUCUGGCGGAAGAAGACGUCGACCUAGUGGCGGAGGUGAUGCGGCAGCACGAUGCCCACAUCCUGGUGACGGAGCACGGGCAUACGGAUUCGAAGCGGCCUUGGGACACCUUCAACGCUGGGGUGAUCCUCAUGCGCUGCAGCGAGUGGACCAUCUCCCUCAUGGAGAAGGUGCAAAGCAGCACCGAGGGGCAAGCGGACGAGGAGGUGCUGCAAAGAGUGCUCUACGAGGAGCAGGCCGCCGUUCCGGCCGCGGCCGCUUCCCCGGGGGCGUUUGCCACGCUGCCAGCGGGCACGCUGAACGGAAACCUUCGAGUGAAUGGCUCACAGCCGGUGGUGCACCUGUCGGCGCUGCCUUUUGCCAUCCGAAACCACACCUUUGCGGCGGCCUUGCGCAGCCGCUGCCAGUCGCCGAAGGACGGCGCUGCGGCGACGAACUUCUCGGCGCUGCGGGAGGCCUACGACAGCAGCAGCUUCCUGGUGGCGAACCAGGACUUCCGGGCCGCUGGCACCUCCAGGUACGCCUUCGCGAUUGCGCGGAGGCUGCGGUUCCAGGGUCGGCUCCAGGAGACGGAGGACCUACUGCGCUGGGCGGUGGACGGAUUGCGCGCGGAGCUGGGCGAGCAGAAGAUCGACACGAUCUUCGGGAAGGUUGAGCUCGCGAAGUUCCUGGCCUCGGUGAACCGGACUGAGGAGGCGGCGGAUUUCCUGCGGCAGGCGGUGAGCGCGGGGGCGAAGUCCUUGGGGGUGCACAACCUUGUCAUGCUAGAGUGGCAGGAGAAGCUCGCGGCACUGCUCUCCGAGCAAGGCGAGUACACCGAGGCGGCAGGUCUGCUGCGCCAGCUCAUCCGGGGCUCGCGGAGAUGGCGCGAUGAGGCGCGGCUGCAAGCUGCCGCAGAGAGGCUGAGCGAAGUGCUGAACCUCAACGGCACAGCUGUCUGCAGCACUUCGCAGCUCAUCCAGGAAGCGGUGGCGACCUUGCCCGAUGCCCUGGACAGCCUGGCGCGGCAGCGCCUGGUGAAGGCCAAUGAGAAGUCCUCGAAGCUGUCGGCGGAGGGAAACCUGAAUCAGGCGGAGCACGUGCUGAAGCGGGCGCUCGCAAAGGCCACCCUGGCCUUGCCAGUUGCGGACCCUGACCUGCUGGUCACCCGCUUGAACUUAGGAGCUCUGCGGCAGCGCAGCGGCAAGGCGGACCAGGCACUGCUGGACUUGGAGGAAGUCUUCCAGGCGCAGGUUACCACCCUGGGCCCGGACCACGUGGACACCAAGGCCACCGUCCAGGCCAUCGGCGGCCUAGGUGAGAACCUGCACGCGCGGUACCAGGGGGCCUUGAGCAAGCUGAGCUCCGCCACACAUCGCUUCGUGGAGCGCACCAAAGAGACCAGGGGGAAGCAGGAAAAGACCGUCCAGCGCUUCGAGCACACCAUCCGGCGCUUUGAGCGGAAGUUGGGCAGCACCAGCCACGGGGUGCUCAAGGCCAAGUUCCACCUGGCGCAGGCCUUGGCGGCCCAGGACCGGUCCAGCGAGGCGUUCCCGCUGUGGCGCGGGGUGUUGCAGGAUCAGCUGAGGAGCUUGGGGCCCUUCCACCAGAGCAGCCUCGCCACGCAGCGGGAGAUGCUGCAGUGGAUUUAUCAGGCCUAGGUGCCGAGUUCUGCAUUGAUUCCGCUGAUUCGCGAAGGAUUUUUUGCGAGCAAGAGACAGUAAUCGCUUCCCCCUA